GCGCUGUUGGUUUUCGGCCGUCAAAGUUUACGCGCACGCACGUUUACGAAAAGCAUCUGCGCACGCGCACUAGCAACCGGGGAAAGUAAUCCUGUAAUACUCCUGUAAGAUACAGUUUUGUUGCUUGGGGGUUGUUUCAGUUCUCAGUCGGCUUUUGCAGAUUCACUUCAACCGGGGGAAUGUGUGACGACACGGGAUCGAACGAGGCCUUUUAUGAGCAGUUACGACUUCAGGAGCUGUAUGGAGAACGGGAAGCGGGAGAUGGUCAGGAUCCUUACACGUUCCGGGACCCUAGUGAUGGCACCGAGUAUGAGUGGGACGUGGAGAAGAAGGCCUGGUUCCCAAAAAUAACAGAAGACUUUUUGGCUAUGUACCAUGCAAACUAUGGUGUAGACACAGGGGGUACAGACAAUGCUCUUAAUACAGAUGCUACAAAAACCAAGGAAAUGCCAGUCUCCAGCGAAGCACAAGAAAAAAAGAAACCUAAAGAAGAGCAGAAGCUGCAAACUGAGCAAGGGGAACCCAAAGCAAAAGGAGAAAAAAGAAAAGCAGACCCAGGAUGGUUUAAUGUUGAAGAACAGAGAAACACUAAUGUUUAUGUGACAGGGCUUCCUCCUGACACUACAAAUGAAGAAUUUGCUGAGAUUAUGUCUAAGUGUGGUAUUAUAAUGCGUGAUCCACAUUCUGAGGAUUAUAAAAUAAAGUUGUACAAAGACAGAGAAGGAAACCUGAAAGGGGAUGGGCUAUGUUGUUAUCUCAAAAGAGAAUCUGUGGAACUUGCUUUGAAGCUUCUUGAUGAGUAUGAGAUAAGAGGUUACAAGUUGCGUGUGGAAAAUGCAAAGUUUCAACUGAAGGGGGCGUAUGAUGCCACCAAAAAGAAGAAGAAAUGCAAAGACUACAGGAAGAAGAUGUCUAUGCAGCAAAAACAACUGGACUGGAGGCCCGAAAAGAAGGCAAAUGAUGCAUCACGAAUGAGAUUUGAAAGGGUUGUAAUUAUCAAAAAUAUGUUUCACCCAAAAGACUUUGAGGAAGAUCCUUUGGUAUUAAAUGAAAUCCGAGAAGAUCUUAGAUCUGAAUGUGAAAAAUUUGGCCAAGUGAAGAAACUCUUGAUAUUUGAUCAACAUCCUGAUGGAGUGGCCUCUGUGGCAUUCAAAGAAGCAAACGAAGGCGACCUUUGCAUACAGGCUCUGAAUGGGCGCUGGUUUGGUGGCCGUCAGCUUGCUGUGGAACCAUGGGAUGGGGUAACUGAUUAUCAGAUUGAAGAAACAUCUCGAGAAAGAGAAGAAAGGUUAAAAGGCUGGGAGAACUUCCUGGUUGGCAGUGAGGAUAAAAAAUCGGAGAGUGAUGGGACCCCUUCAAAUAAUAAACAGUCAGUGGAAAACAAUGACAAUGGCAGCACAUCAGAAUUUAACAAGGAAAACAAUGUUCAUCAGGCAGAAAAUGUUCAGACUGCUCUUCCCCAAGAUGAUGCUCAGUCAACUGAUAGUGAUAUUGGUAGCAGUGAUGAAGAGAGUGAAAAAAACAAAGGACAGUCAUAAUGUUAAUGGCUGCAUGCGUUUUAGCUUUUUCUUGUGGUUUUUAUUUGUAAUGUUGGGGUGAACCAAGUGUGAUACCUGUCUAUAUGCGUCUCAUCAUCACAUCUUCGAAAUAAGCGCUCAUUGACGUUUGGGGGUAAAAAAUAGAACAGACCCACAAAGAUUUUGCGCAACUAUUUCCAACAUUUCAUAGCCGUACAUGAAACUAGAAAAAUCUGUGUGUGUGUAAGAAAGUUUGGCCUGGAUUUUUUGUACAGCCUACUAGAUGAAGUUGUUUCAGGCAUAUCUGGAAUCAAAUAUGUACAUCUGUUUUCAAGUUCUAGACUUAAAUCAUUUUGUUUAUAUCUGUUGAAAAAAAAAAAGUAGGCUUCACUGAAAUGCUUCUGCACUGAAAAA